AUAAGUGCUUGUAGCUGGGUGGUUACCCGCUCCUGGCCUAAAAGGGUUAAAAACAGCCCUGGGAGAGGGCUGUGGCAGGGGAAAAGCUGGGCUGAUUGGGGGAAGCAGCCUCAUCUGGGGGCCAUGCCCCCAUCAGGGUCCAGCUGGCCCUAUAAAGGCCAGUGAAGCCAGGCGCAGACAUGGUCUCUCUCUGGCUGUAGAGGGAGAUGAGCCUGGCUGCUAGAUAAGGCACCUCCCGGACUAAGGGUCCAUUUCACUGACUGUGAGAAGCUGGAAAUGUCCCAGUGAUCCUGUAACUGCUGGGAAGUUUCUCCUGGGCUCAUGAGUUACAAUGAAGAUGAGGAUUUCCGUCCGCUCGCACUGUGCCAUGGGCAACCCCUCUCUGUCCAGUUACCUCAUUUUCCUUUUUACGAUCCAUGUUCCUACAUUGGAAUCAGUGAAUUUCAAGGUGAUUGGACCUGAUCAUCCCAUCAUGGUCUCUGCAGGUGAAGAUGCCCGGUUACCCUGUCACCUCUCCCCCAUCAUGAAUGCUCAGGAGAUGGAAGUGCGCUGGCACCGAUCCAAGUUCUCUGAACCUGUCCAUCUGUAUCAGCAUGGAACAGAUCAGGCUGAGCAGCAAAUACCAAACUAUCAGGGCAGAACAGAGCUGCUGAAGGAUGGUAUUGUGAAUGGAAGUGUUGUCCUGCGUAUACGCAACAUCACCCCCUCUGACCAUGGGCAGUUUAUCUGUUUCUUCAAAUCAAGCAGCUUUUAUGCAGAAGCCACUCUGGAACUGAAGGUGACAGGUCUGGGCUCUACUCCUCGCAUCUCUAUCGACAGCUACCAGAGCGGAGGGAUCCACAUGGUGUGUGAAUCUGCUGGAUGGUACCCGGAGCCCCAGGUGCAGUGGAGAGACCUCAGGGGGCAGAACUUAUCAUCCCUGACAGAAAAAAUAACUCAACAGGAUAACGGCCUGUUUGAAGCACAAAUUUCCAUUAUUGUAACAGAAACUUCCAGUCAGGAUCUGUCCUGCUCUGUCAGGAACUCCCACCUCAACCCAGGGAAAGAGUCUGUGGUCUACAUCGCAGAUCCAUUCUUCCUAAGGGACUACCCUUGGAAGGUGGCUGUGUACAUACUCCUGGUUGUUGUGGGUUUGCUCACUUUCACAGCAAGCUACUUCUUCUGGAAGCAACACAAGGCAAAAGAAAAGCUCCAGGUUGAGCUUGGAAAGCUCCAGGCUGAUCUUAAAUGCAGAAAAACUCAAGUAUAUAGAGAAGUGAAGAUAACUCUGGAUCCAUGCACAGCUCAUCCUGGGCUCAAGCUGUCUGAGGACAAGAAGACUGUGACAUGGGAAUCCAAACGUCAGGAUCUGCCUGACAAUCCCGAGAGAUUUGAUGAAGUUUUCUGUGUGCUGGGUUCUGAGGGAUUCACUUCAGGGAAAAUUUACUGGGAAGUGGAGAAGAUGGGGGGAAUCUGGGUCAUAGGGGUCGCCAGAGAGUCUGUGAGGAGGAAGGGACAAAUCAAAUUUACCCCCGAGGAGGGGAUCUGGGGGAUAGAACAGUCCAGGGAUCACUACUCAGAUCUCACCACCCCUCAGGACCCCCUGCCACUGCGUCAGACACCCAAGAAGGUACGGAUCUAUGUACACUAUAAAAAGGGGCAAGUGCAAUUUUUCAACCCAGAUAAUGGUGAUCUGAUCGCCAAUCUCACAGCUUCUUUCAAUGGGGAGAAAAUAUUCCCCUUUUUCUGGGUCUGUUCCCACCUCACACUAACCACCUGAGACCUUUGGAGAUCAGAUUGGUGGGGGGGUGUAACUUGUUCCAUUGGAGCCACAGCUCUGUCUCCAGCAUUCGCUGUGGCACUGGGGCUCUCCACUGGCCCCACAGGCACAGAAAGCAGGGAACAGCCCAUGUCUCUGCUGCUUCUCUCUAUCUCUGUGGGGCCUGCAGAGGCCCCAGGCCCAGGAAGUGAGCAAUAAUCAUGCUGGCUGUGUGGGGCAGGGAUGGUGCUAAGUAGUGGGAACUGGAGAGAGGAAAUUGGGGAGAAGGUGGGGAAUUAUUCUUAACUCUGACCCAUGCUACAAACUAUAUGCUACAAACAUACCAACAAGCUCUUUCAGUACAGAUGCAGAACCACAACAUUCUCAGCUCUGUCAUUGUCAGAGUCACCCACAUGCUUAGGGUGGGGUCUGGUGAUUCCUCAUCAUCUCCCUCCCCUUUACUGCUGGGAUCCAGUGAUUGCUUAUCAUACUGCAGGGACUUGAUCCCAAUCCUAAAAGAUGCUCUGUCUCGAAAAGAUGCAGAGAGGGAACCAGAUGACAUUACCGCCUCCAUGGCCAUGUCCCACGUUAAUGCAUGCUGUAGUCAAACCAGCAAAGUUGCUAUUUGCACUGCAACCACUGAAGGGCAGUGUUUCUGUAUGCUGACUUUACACUGUUAUGCUAGAAGGUGUUAGUGACUGUCAUCGAUCACAGAUGAGGGUAAUGUCCAUGGGUGUGCUAAAUACACUUAUUUUUAAAUGGAAAGAGUAAUUAACCCCCUUUGUGAAGUAAGAUAGCUGGAAACCAUAGGAGACUAGUAACUGCUGAUAGUAAGGGGGCACAAUUUAAAGUUUAUGGUGGUAUGUGUGACGGGUUGCCAACUGAUGUGCCAAGACUACUUCUGCCCCUGCUUUCCUGCCCUGGCAGCUUAGGACUUCAGUGCCCUGCCAGUCAAGUAUCAGAGGGGUAGCCAUGUUAGUCUGGAGCUGUAAAAAGCGACAAAGAGUCCUGUGGCACCUUAUAGACUAACAGACGUAUUGGAGCAUAAGCAUUCAUGGGUGAAUACCCACUUCGUCAGACGCAACGAACCAGUGCCCUGCCUGAUUUGAGCCAGACCCGCUAGCCUGCU